AUGUUCAGGAUAUAUAACAUUCGUUUGUAUUUCUUGAUCAUUUACUUGGUUACGGGCACUUUAGGAAUGAAUACCAACAGCGCAAGACAGGCCAUUCCAAAAAUACAGCGUUCUCUCCCCAAAUUUUUCGCUAAUCUUGAUAAAAUGAACCGUGAUUUUAUUAGUACUCGAAAUUUUGUGCACGAAUAUGUGAAUCACGCUUCACCAAAGGGAUCAAAACUCAUUGCACAUACCAAAAUUCCCUUUUCUAUGCGCUUUCUACAUCAUCCAUUGCUACAGAACAAAUCUCAUAAUACAUUCGGAAUUUCUGAUAGUAUCCACAGGAUGUGUCACUCCACAUCUAUGGAACAAAACGGGACUUCGAGAUGUAACCAUGUAGAAGAUGACCGAAUAGUGAACGAUGGCUCUUCUUUCAUCGAUCUGCCAUACGUUGAGAACGUUAAUAAUGGUGGUUUGGAGCAGACGAUCAAUGAAUGCACAAAUUAUUCAUCAGUUGAAGGAAACGAUUUAUGUGGUACGAAAAAACAGGAGUUGUGUUCAUCAUGUGUGGACGCACAAACAGAGUUAAUUGCAGAUCUUAAACAACAUGGCAAUCACACGGUUGAAGAACAAAAUUUCGAGAAAUAUGGUCGAAUCAACCCAAAAGAACAGGAUACAGUUCCUCGAUCAGCGGAAAAACUUGGCCAUAACACAAAAAUGGAGAUACAUACGGUGAGUGCUUCGAAUAGUAAUCACGAAACAAAAAAUAGGAGAACACCCGUUAAAGCUCACAGUUCCUGCGCCUCAAACUUAGAAAGGCGCAGUGAUGCGAUCAACGCUCUUCUACACGGUUAUUUUCAGGGAAAUGCCAUUGAAACGCAUCCAGAAUGUAUUUUUUUGUUUAAAAAUUCCGUGACAGAUUCUACAUCGUUUAAAUACAUGCCAAGAGAACAAUGGCGUGAACUAACAUGCAACCAGAGAAAGGUUGAAGGUCUCAUAUUAACAAACAGUUACCGUUUUCCUCCUGAACACCUUAAAAAACUGCAAUCGUAUUCCAACUUGGUCUAUGAAUACGUGUCUUUCAUACCCUCCCUUUACGCUACUGCAACGUGGGGAUAUGUAAGACAUGGCGUUACCAUAGCAUCAUUUAACACGUUUCUCGUUAAAAUGGUAGAUCUUCUGAGAAACUUUACACCUGGUGAUAAUUCUACAGCAAAGAUCGCUGACAGUGAAAUCAAACAACUUGACGAAGUAUGCCACGAAUUAGCCGAUCAACUGAAAAAAUUGCAAGAAUUUCACGAAAAGGUUAAAUAA